AUGGUAGCUGGGAUCAUCCCUAUUGAUCUUCUUGCGAUAGAGCGAAAGGAGAUCUAUGAAAGAAAACGGGAGGAAAAUAUUGACUGUCUCAGAAAAUUGGUUAGAGACAAGAGUGUUAGUAUUUUCCAAGAAAGAAUUCAGAUCAGUGGCGUAGGUAAGUGGACAGCUAGACUCAUACCAAAUAUACAGGAUUGGAUAAAUAGGUCGCAUGGGGAGGUGAAUUUCUACCUUACCCAAUUUCUAAAAGGGCAUGCUCACUUUAAUAAAUAUCUUUAUAGGAGAAAUAAAAAGAAUAGUCCAAACUGUGACUAUUGUCCGGAAAAGGAGGAUGAUGUUGAACACACCUUCUUUGAAUGUGAAAGAUGGAGAGAGAUAAGGACCACUCUUGAGCGAAAAAUAGCUGACCGACUAAGCCUGGACAGUAUAACCAGACGGAUGACAGAAGGUGAACAUAAAUGGGAUGCGGUAGCAACAUUUGUGGAAACUGUGUUACGUUCGAAGAAGAAAGAAGAAAGAGAGAGGGAAGGAGGGUAA